AUGGAAGAGAAGAGUGUGUUGGAAAUAACAAUCCCUGGAUCAAGAAAUGUUCAAAACAAAUAUACCGAGUACGAGGUUGUGUGUGUCACUAAUAGCAGGAGCUUCAGAAAGUGCUACACAAAAGUCUUUAGGCGAUACAGUGAUUUCCACAGGCUUCACUGCAGACUCAAGUAUCUCAUGAAGGUGUUGCCGGAGUUUCCAAGGAAGAGAUGGAAUAAAAUGAGUAGGGAGGUUGUGGAGGAGAGAGUGAGGAUGCUAACAGUCUACAUGAGAUUUGUGUGCGACCAGCUCUUGAGGAGCAGAGAGGGCGUGGAAAAGAUCGAAGCGGACAUUGUGGCCUUCAUACAAGGAAGGAGCUCUGUGCCAGAGACUUGA